AAACAUUCGGAUCAAAUAAGGGGUGGAAUCUACUUAGGCUGACACGGGAUUCGUUCCUAUGAAGUAAAACUGAGUUUACUGAAGUCUUCGUGCACUGGUAGUUGGUUUUGUAUCACGUUUGAUGGUGGCUAGUUUAAAGUAGACGUUACUUGUUAGUGAGAUGUUUGUUCUUGUUUCUUUGAAGGAUACUGUUGUAAUUAAGCCUAAUUACAUCGGUUCAGAUAUGAAAGAAAUAAUUGAGCAGGAGCUUAAUUCUCGUUUCUGUAGCAAAGUUAUUUACAAAGUUGGUCUGUGCAUUUCUUUAUGGGACAUUUUGAAAGUUGAAGAAAGCUUUAUAUCAGAUGUCGAUGGUGCCUAUUAUACUACAGUGAGCUUUCGAAUCGUUUGCUUUCGUCCAUUUAUUGAUGAAAUUCUUAUUGGAAUUGUAAAAUCUCUUUCCAAAGCUGGCUUACGUGUGUCACUGAAUUUUUUUGAUGAUGUAUUUAUACCUGCAGAAAAACUACGCUCACCUUCAAGAUACGACUAUGAACGAAAUGCAUGGAUAUGGGAGUAUGCGUACGAAGGUGAAGCAGCUGAAUUGCGCAUCGACAAACAUGAUACGAUUCGAUUUCGUGUAGUUGAAGAAGUUUGGUCUGAUCCAAACCCAGAUAGUGACAAAACUAGCAUUUCAACUUCUAAUGACCCAUUAGAGUGCGGUGAUGGUAAUCCAGACUCUUUAAUUGAACCCAAAGCCCCCUAUACAAUAAUCGUGUCUGUUUAUAGCGGAUACAAUGCGAAUUCGAAUAGAAUCUUCUAAAUAACUGUACAAUAAAUCAUUUGGCAAUGGAAUGUGAUCACUAUGGUUUGAAAUAAUAACUGGAUCUUUAUAGUCUGCAUAUUGAUUCGAUUUUGAAUCCUCGUGACUGUUUUCUAUUUCCCUAAUUAAUUUUUUGAUGUUUAAAACGAAGCAUAAUUUAUUCUGGAAACCAUUUAAACACAUAAAUUCAUACCAUGUACGGCAUACGAUUGAAUAAUGAAUCAGUUCAUUUCCAGUUAAAUAAAAAAAUAUAUUAUUCAUGAAAUUCUUAUUCAACCAUAAUGAUUCGAUUGUAUGUGGACAACCCCUUUUUUGACGUCUUACAUAAUCUCGAUAACGUGUACAUGAUAGUUUCUUAACUGGAAUGUUUAAAUUAAUUCGUAGUCCUUGA